GACAGCGCCGUUGCGUCACUCUUCCCAGGGCAAGCUGCAAAUGCAAGGAAUGACUCUGCAGAGGUGGAAUUUGGGGCGUUUGGAACCAACGUAGAGGCAGAGCGGGGUCUCCCUGGCGGAUCCCAUCGUACCAGCAGGUGGCGCGCUAUCCGCAAGGCUCGCAAGGUUCCUGUGCAGAAACUUGAACAGGACGUUGGUGCCACGGCACCAGAGGAGCACAGCCUGGUCUCCCCAAGCCAAGGUGAUGACUUCCGAAGAAAAGAGGGUAGAGAAAGGAGCCGGCUUCCUGCUGGAGUGAUUCAAGGAUUCAGAUUUCGCUAGCAUCGGGAAACCUUCGGGAGGGGGUUGCUUUCCUGUUGCAUCUUUGAUAUCGUUUCCUAGACUCUGCUCCAUGAUUUAACUUGAAAUUCUGAAAUGAAGAUGGAAGAGGCAGUGGGAAAAGUUGAAGAACUCAUUGAGUCUGAAGUCCCACCGAAAACAUCUGAACAAGAGACAGCCAAGGAGGAAGACGGAUCUGUAGAACUGGAAUCUCAAGUUCAGAAAGAUGGUGUAGCAGAUUCUGCAGUUCUUUCUUCAAUGCCUUGCUUGUUGAUGGAACUGAGAAGAGACUCUUCUGAGUCUCAGUUAGCAUCCACAGAGAGUGACAAGCCGACAACUGGUCGAGUUUAUGAGAGUGACUCCUCUAAUCAUUGCAUGCUUUCCCCUUCCUCUAGUGGUCACCUGGCUGAUUCAGAUACAUUGUCUUCUGCAGAAGAAAAUGAACCCUCCCAGGCAGAAACAGCAGUGGAAGGAGACCCUUCUGGAGUGUCUGGUGCCACAGUUGGGCGUAAGUCUAGGCGAUCCCGUUCUGAAAGUGAAACAUCUACUAUGGCUGCCAAGAAAAACCGGCAAUCCAGUGAUAAACAGAAUGGCCGAGUUGCCAAGGUUAAAGGUCAUCGGAGCCAAAAGCACAAGGAGCGGAUCAGACUACUGAGGCAGAAACGAGAGGCUGCUGCGAGAAAGAAGUACAACUUGCUGCAGGACAGUAGUACCAGUGACAGUGACCUGACUUGUGACUCAAGUACAAGCUCCUCAGAUGAUGAUGAAGAGGUUUCAGGGAGCAGCAAGACAAUCACUGCAGAGAUACCAGAUGGACCUCCAGUUGUAGCUCAUUAUGAUAUGUCCGACACCAGCUCUGACCCAGAAGUGGUAAAUGUGGACAAUUUAUUGGCGGCUGCAGUAGUUCAAGAGCACGCUAAUUCUGUAGGCGGCCAGGACACAGGAGCUACCUGGAGAACCAGCGGGCUGCAUGCCAAGGCAGGUCACUUGGAUCCAGGAUUCCUAGCAAGUGACAAAACAUCUGCUGGCAAUGCACCACUUAAUGAAGAAAUUAAUAUUGCCUCUUCAGAUAGUGAAGUAGAGAUUGUGGGUGUUCAGGAACAUGCGAGUUUCUUUAGAAGUAACCUGAUAAAUCUUUCAGACAUUGAGUUUCAAACACUAGGAAGCAGGUGUGUUCAUCCUAGAGGGGGUGUGAUUCAGAGUGUUUCUUCAUGGAAACACGGCUCUGGCACACAGUAUGUUAGCACCCGGCAAAACCAGUCAUGGACUACUGUGACCCCCCAGCAGACUUGGGCUUCACCAGCAGAAGUUGUUGAUCUUACCUUGGAUGAGGAUAGCAGGCGUAAAUACCUACUGUAAUACAAUGUCACUGUGUUUCCUCUGCACUGUUUCCUCCCACUUCCCACUUCCUCCUCUUCUUUGUGACACAGAAGUUCAUUGUCAUAGCUUCAGCUUCAGAAGCUGUUUGUGACAUUUGUAGAAUUGAAACUCAUGGAAACCUCUCCACACCUUGUUUUUUUGUUUGUUUGUUUAUUUUUUUUUUAAUUAAAAGAAGUCACUUAGGAAAAUAACUUAUCACAGAGAAAAUAAUUUCUUCUUUCCCUCAGUAGGAAUAUGAAAAUGAUGAAUUUCAUUAGACAACUUCAUUUUACUUGGUGACUUUUAAUCUUAGGAAAGUUGCCUUCCUUUUAGAAUAAUAGUUUAAUUGCCAAGUAAAGUGGAUUUCAGUUUCUGAAUCUUGUAUUUAUUUUUCUGUAUAAUGAAAUUAAUAUCUAGACUUGACCACUAUCUGCCCACUUCAUUGUCACUCCCACCUUAGGGCAUUCGCACACAUAUCACUCAGGUCCUUAUUGGCACCUGAUAGGGCAUGUGUAUUUUAAAAUCUGUCCUUAAAAAUAGAAGACAGAAGUAUUACAAGUGUUUUGUUCUUUCAGCUUAAGUCUUCUGCCUUCUUUCCUGACUUUACUCCUGGUUGACUUCCUCACAACACAAAUAAUUGACAUGCCCCUUUAUAUUUCUAAAUACUGUUAAGGUGACUUAGUUAGUCUCCUUGCUGCAAUAAUUCAUAAUGUUCUAAAGAAUGUCUCCUUUGGAGCAGAGGCAUUCUGGAUUGGUAACCAUCAAGAGGUUUUUCUGGGCAUGUGGAGAUAGUGUUGAGAGAUUAGUGGGAAAGUCUUUUUUCUUUUUUUCCCCGAUUUAUUAAAAUAAUGGGAGAACUUAGAAAACUAUUUCCUAGGAAGACUAUGAAAAACUGAGUGGCUUCUGAGUCUUCAGGCGUUUGCAAGUCUUGAGAGAAAAGUACCUUCUUUCAAAGCUGAUCUCUCCAUAAGGCGUGUAUGACAACUGUUCAGUACCUAAGCUGAACUGGACCUGAUAUCAUAUUUGGGUUUUUUUUUCUCUACCUUCUAAAAAAAAAUAUCAUAAGAACAAACAAGUCAUAAGAAGUCAGUGCAAACCAUAUUAAUGGCACUGUAUCAAAAAGUAUCACAGUAUCAAAAAGUAAUAAUAGCAAAGGGUAAUGGAAACUUCAGGGAAUUCAGGAAAUGCCAGCAUUGGAGUUUUGUGGCAUUAGUUACUACCUUUUUUCCUAUAACAUGUAGAUACUAGUGAAUUAUUUUAAAAGCAAUACCUAGAGUUAGAACACUAUGUAUUGUGCACAGGGAGGUGUGAAGUAAUAUUGGCUCAGAAGACUUCACCUUUUGUUUUUCAGUGUUUUUGUUUGCUUCUUAAAUUGUUUUUUUGUUUCCAUUGUUAUGGUAUGAAGUUGCUAUGCCCUUUGCUUUUUUCCCCAAAUGCCUUGGUGACUCUUACUGAUCAUAAGACCACAAGAUCUGCCAUUUUCAGUUUCCAUUCAGUGAACACACAUUUACCAAGUGCCUGCUCUGCAUCAAGCACUGUGCAGGGUGGGUGCAUGGAAGCCCUGAGAUGAAUGAAGGCACAGCUUGCAUGUGCAUGCAUCAGAGUCUGCCUGGCUCUACCUGCCUGGCCUUUUCUUCUUUUUUUUAAAUAUAAAAACAAGUUUAUUCCUUUACCCUACUUCCUGUUACUUGAGUUAUUCUGUAUGCCCCUUUUUCUACAGAAAUGUACUUCAGCAUGUGUUCUUUGAUUUUUCUAUUAGCAUCUCAUUUGAUCUGGCCUCUGUUCUUCAACUUUUGAUUUUUUUCCAACCUACUUUUAAUUGGUCAGGCCUUUAAGAUCACAAACCUCCAAUUCUAGCGCCUCAUGUAUCAUUCUUUCACAUGGCUAUAAUCCUAGACAAAAACCAAAGACCUAGAGGCCAGAGCGAAGCAGGACCUUCUGAAGAUUCACUACUGGUGUAUCCUUGGACCUUCACAUCUUACUUUAGGAUUAAUUUAUUGAAUUUUACUGUUACACAUUUUUUUUACUUGAAUUAAAAUACUAGACAAAGCAGAAAUGUACAAUUUCUGGUCUGUGUUUUCCAGGAAAAUCAUUGGGAAGAGAGUAGAGUGGAGUAUAUAACUUGAAGUUCUUGCAGCUUAUUUUCCCCCCAGUUUCAGGUCACAGCCCCAUUUUAAAGAAUGUUUCUCGUAUUAUCUAUUUUAAUGUUAAUAGUAUGUUUUGUCCAGUUAUUUCCCAUGACACAUUUUCUUUAGCCCCUAAUAGUCAUCCUCUAAGAAGAAUACUUUCUGGUGUGCUUUGUGCACUGUGGAUUGGGGAAGAAGUUGGACUGCAACCAAGCCCUUUUCUGACCUUUUGCUUUUACAUUAGGUUGCAGUUUUUUUCUCACUUGUUCUGUUUCCAGCUUCUUCAUUACCUCACCUGAUGUACCAGAGCAGAGAUUUAAGCAUUAAGAUGCAAAAAGGGAAAGGGAAGGGAUGUUAGAGGCAGUGAGCUUUUUCCCCUACCUAUUAGGUUGGAAUUUUGCCACCUAACAACUAGAGGAUGUUUCAGCUCUUCAUUCAUUGCUAUUUCUAGAAGAGUGGAGAUGUGGUUUCAGGCAAGGUAUUUAAGUGAUAAAAUUCUUUGAUACACAACUCACGUAACAUUUGAAAUUUCUUUUAAAGGAAUCGUUUUCUUAACCAAACUUUUGCAUUUGGUAAUGUAAGUAGUUCUUUAUGCUUACAGGACUUUGUUCAAAGUAAUAUCUCUAUUACAGUCGUACAGCUGGGUCAUAGAUUGGCUGAUCCCACCAACUUGGUUAAAUUCUCUGCCCCUCCAGUUUGAAAAAAUAGACCAGCAAUCUAUCUAUUGCAUCAUCAUGACUGCCCCGUAAUUUUAAAUUGCUGCUCACCAGUAAUUGUUUUUCAUUUUGAUGGUGGGGCCAGACCGAGUGAACUUCAGUAUUUACAAUUGAGCAUCCCAUAAUUUUUUUUUUUUGUUACCAGUUUCUAACACAAACCGUAUGAUUUGAUAAUUUAGCCAUUUGUUCAUCUUUACUUUUGCAGAUUAACACCAUACAUAACUUAAAAGAAUUGUGUUGCCUGCUUUUUUUAUACCAUGUCAGAAGGUUUUUGAAAAAGCUUGGGACACAGUUUUGUCUUUUAAUCUUUUUGUUUUCAUAAAGGCAAAGAACGGAGCCCCUAAUCCCUGUUCUCCAGUAUGUGUAUAUAUAAAAAUGAUUGCACCCUAACCAAACUUCCUCAUAUUGUGCACUGUUUGUUUAAAAUAAUCACGUAUUUUAGUCCAAUGCUGUUGUAAUUUUUCAUUUUAUUUAAAACACUACUUCUUAUUAUUUUAACAAAUUUUAAAGGGUAGUGAUCUUAAAAAAAAAAUCACUGGAUAACUAGGAAAUAUUUUUGUUGUUGUUUUGUUUAAGAGUACAAGGUCAUCGAACCUUUUACUCCCCUUACCGUGAACAAGAAAUGUCAGCCAUUGUAUGGCUAGGAACCAAUGCACUUGGCGAUUAACAGAUCUGCUGUUGCUGGGGUGUGAGCGUGGACUUGAUGCAGUGACGACAAAUCAUUGCGUAGAAGUAAUGUUUUCAAAUGUGCAACUCUAGUUUUUAAAAUGAAAUUUGGUUCGUUACGUUCAUUAUUUAGUUUUUGUUUCCAUUUAGUAUUUAAUGGUCUUUGGAGAAAAAAAUAAUAAAACAGAGUGUUAUAUAUAUAUUUUUUGGUGCAAGAUAAGAUUUUCUGUUUUUUGAAAUAAGUCUGUAGCAUAAAGGUUAAACUAUUUUAAGACAAAAUAAAAUAGAGUGUAUUUAAACAA